AUGGCCGACGCCAAGGGCUCGUCCGCCGGCGGCGCCGGCGCAGGCCACGGCGACCUCGGCAGGGCCAUCCCGCAGGGGCAGUACCAGACAUUCCUGGCGUCCGUGCAGUACAGGACCGCGCCGAGCGCCGCGAACGUGCACCACCAGUACCCCGCCGGCAUGAUCCCUGCGCCGGCGGCAAUGCCGGUGCAGGUGCCCGUGCCUCGCACACCGUACUCCCCCCAGAUCUUCGUGCCGCAGCCGCAGUCCCAGCCGGCCCCCGGAAGCUACCAGAGUUAUUCUCCCUACGGCAACACUACAUCGUCGCAAUAUCAAGGAGGUUUUGCGGACUGGAGAAUGUACAACGAUGCAAUCAUGUCUAUCGCUCGUGCCGCCACUCCCUUCGGCGGCGGCGGCGGCAGCAGCAGCAGCAGCUAUGGCUCUCAUCAAAAUGUGUCCCCGUCCACCAAUAUAUGGACUAACAAUUACGUGCCGAGUAACCCUUACUUCACUAACUAUGGCGGCCCUGCAACAAAGGAUGUGCUUCAAGCUCCUUCCUUUCACAACAACAACCACCAUGAGAAAGAUUCAGCCAUUUCAUAUAUAGUUUGGAAAAGAAAUGGAGAAACGACCACUCAUGUAUUGCUUCAUUCGUUCUGGGCAUCUUGUGAUGCAGGUUUUGCCACAAACUUUAGAGCGACUGCACCAGUGGUACCUGCUUCACCUUUUCAACUGAUGUCACCAGGAUCGGCCAAUUGUUCUUCUGCUCAAAUCUUCCAGGAAGUCAAUAAUUUAGAGGAUACUUCAACAGCCUUUGGAGGCAACGAAAUUGAAAGCGACAAUAGCGAGGAACUGGAUCCUACUCUGGCUCCAGAGAUACAAAACAUGAACCAGAGCAAUGGAGUUAUUGAUGCCAUGAGUAACACAAUGGUCAACUGCAGAGACUACCGUACUGUCUUGCGCAAGGACUUGACAAACAGUGAUUGUGGAAACAUUGGACGAAUUGUGCUGCCAAAGAAGGAUGCAGAGGCUAAUCUGCCUCCCUUGGUUGAAAUUGAUAGCAUGAUACUGGAAAUGGAUGACUUGAUGCUUCCAGCUGUAUGGAAGUUUAAGUACAGGUUCUGGCCUAAUAAUAAAAGCAGAAUGUAUAUCUUGGAAACUACUGGUGAAUUCAUUAAGAGGCACAGCCUUCAAGCAGGGGACAUCCUCAUCAUCUACAGAAACAAGAGAACCAGCAGAUAUGUUGCCCGUGCGGUUAAGGCCAUCCAGCUGAGCUCCACCACGGAGGUGAUGGAAUGCGAGUGCAUGAAGCAAGGAAACAGCAGCGAAGACUGCGGGUUCGCCGUGAGCGCUCCGACCAAGAAGACCUGAUCAAAAGAGUUAAUUCAUGUCUCAAGAAAGCGUCGAGAGCUUCGCUUGAACUCGUAGCUAAUGAUCUGUUGUGAGGUUGUAUCAUUGAAUCUGAUUUCAGGCUGAACUUUCCUAGGCCUGUAGAACUGAUAGAGUUCUGCCCGAAAGAAGAACAUCUAUUUCCUGUGUUG